AUGAAUGCUGGAAACUUACGUCGUUCAUGGCUUACAUUUCGUCGAGGUAUGAAUAUCGGUCAGCUUAUGGGCCUACAUAGACGUGAGGAUUUUGGUAGUACAACUUUACCACCAGGAGGAAUUCACCUUUGGAGAAGCCUUAUGCAGGCAGAUAGAUAUCUAAGUUUACUCUUGGGUAUGCCUGCCGGAGCAGGCGACUGCAUUAUUCUAUCACACGAAACAUUCAGCAAUCCUAAUGUCAACCACGACCUUCUCUUCAUUAAAAAGAUUACAAAUUUGGCAGGAGGGAUCAUUGAACGAAAUCAAACCGAACAUAUUCAUGCAUUUGCUACUACUCAAGAACUAGAUGAGAAACUCGAGAGUAUUGGAAGAGAAAUGCCUCCGUCUUGGUGGGAAAUACCUGAUCAAUUUGAAACCAUCAGCGAAAAGACGAAUUCAGCCGCAAAAUUCGAUCGAAUCAUGUCACAAAUUUACUACUUUCAGUUACAAUCAUUCUUGCACCUACCUUUUAUGGUUCGAGCUGACACAGAACGUCGUUACGAAUAUAGUAAAUUCGCCUGUAUGAAAUCAUCACGAGAAUGCAUAUCACGCUAUCUCGCCAUUAGACGCUCCGGUGCGGCAUCAUUCUGCUGUAGAGUCAUCGAUUUUGGUGCAUUCACGGCAUGUGUAACUCUCCUCUUGAAUAUUUUGGAAAUUCCACCUGUAGGAGGAGAUACCACUCUGGUGCAAGACCAAAAACGCUCCGACAGGGAACUCGUGGAAACUGUCCUUGGUGUCAUGAGCGAAUGCGCUUCCGCUGAAGAUGUAAUGGCCAUUCAAAGUGUCGAAGUUAUCAAAACUCUCCUCACAUCCACUAGCACCAGUGGAAAUUUACGUCUAACAAUCCCAUAUUUCGGAACUAUUUCAAUAGCACGUACGCCAAAAUCUUCAACCGCCCCGAAUAUCACUCAAUCGACCCCCUCUAUUAAUACUACAGACCAACCCCCAUUGAACAAUACUCCAGCUCUUAUGGACAUGACACCAAGAGCCACCGCACAAGCUCAGAAUGAAUUCGUUACUGCUCUUAAUUGUCCAUGGGCUGCUCAACCAAAGGUCUCUUUCAAGAGUAGUCAAUUUCCUCCACUGGAACUAGAACAACAAUUUGAAGAAUGGCCCGGUUUACAUGCAGAUAAUACGAUGUUUUUUGAUAGUUUAUUAAAUACGGAUUUGGAGGCUAACUGGUACUUGUAA